GAUCUUUGGUUCUGCCGUUUGGUAUCUGACCUUGGCUCUGACCCUCAGGUUUGGCUCCUGGCUCUGACACUGCGACUGACCUUGGCUUUGUUCCCCGGCCUGGAUAGCUGCUCUGCCCUCUAGACCUGACGCCUGCUCUGACCUUUAGGACUCUCUGGGAAUGUCGAGGAGUCGUUGCGGGGUCAGUGUGAGGAUGGUGUCCCUGGGACUGCUCUGCUGUCUCCUCACCUGUAUCCUUCUCACAGAUGGACGCCCCACCAGGUCCCAGCAGACAUUGAUUGGGAUGGUGGAGGGCUCGGUGGUUUUCCCUUUAAAAAUUGCCCCUUGGAUGCCCGUGGAGACCAUUGUGUGGAAUUCCAUCACAACCCUCGCCACCGUGACCCCCAUGAAAGGGAAACCCCCCGCAGUGAAAGUGCUGGAUAAACGCUACAUGGGGCGGCUGAGGGUCUUGGACCAUUCCUAUUCGCUGGUGAUUAGCAACCUGAGUUUGCUGGACAGGGGCGUGUACAGAGCCCAGAUAAACACCGAGUUCACCACCACCGUGACGGAAUACCUGCUUCGCAUCUACCAGAAAAUCCCGGUGCCAGAUGUUGCCGUCAGGUUCCUGAAUGGAACCUGCAACCUCCUGCUGACCUGCACGGUGGGCCAAGGAUCUGGAAAGGAGUUUGGACCUGGGGGAUGUGGGGUCCGGCUCUAG